UUAUCAAUAAUAUUAUGUUAAUAACAAAUAUAUGAUUAAUGAUUAUUAUAAUCGAAUUCGCAACAUUUGUAAUUCGUUUUAAUUACGAUUACUAUUCAUUCAACGGCGGUAAUCGAGUUAUCUGAAUCGAGUUGUCCGAAUUCGAUGUAGUUCUCUGUUCGUCUUCCUAUAUAGUCCGACUUAAAAAAUUAUUCUUAAAAAAAUAAAAUAAAUAGAAGGGUCUUCCUCCCCCUCCCCCAAUCUCUCUAUAAUAACGAUUCUUUUUCCGGCGGAUUAGUUUCUUGAAUUGGAUCGAUUUAUUUGAUCGAAAUUGUUGAGGUUGUAAGAGAUUUUUUUAUUACUUGGGGAGGGAUUCCAGCUUAUGUGUGAAUCGAAGGUGGCGAACCGACAGGACAGCGGCUAUGGCAGAUCUCCGGCGACCGGAAGAGGAUCGGAAGGGGAGGUAGCGGCGGGAGGCGGCGGUCCCAAUCUGUCGUAUUUUUACAUGCAACAGCAACAGCAACAGCAGCAGCAACAGGAUUAUCUGCUGUCGGCCGUGGUGGCGCCGGCGGCGCCGAUCAUUUCGCCGCGCAGUCAGUCACGUGAUAUGUCGGCGAUGGUGACCGCGCUGACGCACGUGGUGUCGGGGCAGCGGCAGGGCGGUGGUGUUCUUGAUAAUACGUCGACGUUUGGUGGUUUGGGUAGCUUUAUACCCUCCGCUGGCGUCGACUCGCCUUCCCCUGUUUACUCUUCUUCCAGCUCCGGCUCCCUCGCCGGCCAGAAAAGAAGGCGCGAUCAAGACGACGUCGUUUCGCAGUUUGCUGAUCGGAAUCGGGCCGGCGGCUAUGGCGGAUUCGGAGAAUCCCUGUCUUCUCUCAAAUCUGGUAUCGUUUUAUAUCCAAUUUUGCCGUCAAUUUUGCGGAGAAAUAAAAACCCUAAUUUAAUUUCAGUUCCCCCAAUUUCAGAAACGGAAAUCAGAGCUGCAACUAUGUCAUCCUCCGCCGCCGGUGAACCUCAAGAACCCUCAAUUCCGGCGCCGGACGACCAAUCCGGCGAACGGAGAAGAAAAUACAGAGGUGUCCGGCAGCGGCCGUGGGGGAAAUGGGCGGCGGAGAUCAGAGAUCCUCAGAAGGCCGCCAGAGUCUGGCUCGGGACCUUCGACACGGCGGAGGACGCCGCCCGAGCCUACGACGAGGCGGCGCUGCGAUUCAGAGGCAGCCGAGCCAAGCUAAAUUUUCCCGAAAACGCGCGGCUUCUACCGCCGGCGCAGCUAUCCCAGUCAGCCACCAUCUUCAAUCCUCCGGCGCCGGCUCCGGCGCUGAAUCCGAUUCCGACUCCAUCCUUAUUGCAGAGCACCGCCAGAGAUUACUGGGAAUACUCACAGCUUCUGCAAAGCGGCGGCGAAUUUCAGGCGCCGCCGAGUCUUCUCCAGCAAGUGUUUUACGGCUCGUCGUUCGCCGGACUUUACUCCGCCGCCGCGCCUUCGCCGCCGGCGUCGCAAUACCCAUCUCUGUUCUCGAGUGGUCAGACCAUACAUUUUGCCCCACAAGGAAACUCGCAGCCAACGCAAGGCGGUGGUGGCGGCGCUGCCGCCUCGACCUUCGCCGCGCCGCCGUGGAGUUCCGGCCAGUAUCCCCCAACUUCUUGAUUUAAUUUUUACUCUGCUCUUUAUACAGCUCACAGUAAUUGAUUUUUACUUUUCUUUUCUUUCUUAAAAUAAUAAUAAUAAUAUUAGUACUAUAUAUUAUUUUUUUUUUUUGGGUUCAGAAAUGUCGAUCGUACUUUGUACUUUGAUUCAGAGUUUAGGUAUUAUUUACAUUUA